AAAAUUAUUUAAAAUCACCCAGGCAGAUGUUAUAUACAUACUUUCAUUGUGGUCUUUCCUUAUCUUUAAGAAGUAAUUGAGAUUGCUGUUCAGCUGUGUGUUUAGACACUAAGGAUUUCUAUUUCUUUGCAUUCUGUUAGACAGUGAGUAGCCCUAGUGCGUGCACGUUAAUAUCAUCAGAAAGGAUGGGCAAUCCCUGUUGAUUUUUUCCAUAGGAAAGUACUACCAAUAACUAAUUACAGGUGGCAAUUGCCUGAUAGAUUCUGCUGCACCUUUACUGAAAAUUAUACUGUAUUUGUUUUCAACUUGUUUUCUAAUAACUCUAAUACUAUUAAAAAAAUAGUAACUUCCUUUAGUAAUUGCUAUCUUGGCCUUGUCUUUGUUAACCUGGUUCUGUCAGUCUGUAUGGAUUACAUUUUUUCUCCAUAUGGCUUUUAUCAACAGCCACCUUUGGAAGGUAUAAACUGUUGGAGGAUUUUUGUGAUGAUGCUCUUGGUGUAUUUAGCUUUUAUUUGUCAUUUUUGAGUUGCUGUUAAUUUCACAACCUCACCUACUUCUUGUCUGCCUCUGUCUUCCAUUGAUCUACUAAGCUUUAUUUGUUUGACUUUUUUUUAUGUAACACUGUGGUGGUUUCACCCUGCUGGGCAGCUAAACUCCACCACAACUGCUCUUUCACAGAGCUGGGGGGGGUAGGAAUGUGUUGGAGGGAAUCUUGAUGCUGUGCCAGCUCUGCUCAGAAAUAGACAAAACAUUGGUGCGGUAUCAGUGCUGUUCUAGCUACAGUUCUUUGCACCUGGAUUUAUCGCUUUUCCUCACAACCUUUCUUACACAUAGGUUGGUCUUUCCAUUUUUCCAUAUUGAAAAAGGUGGAGAAACAUGCAGGACAUAUCUGAGUUGUUCAGUCCUGAGAGUUUUUGUCCCCAUCUUCAGAUUAACACAAAUUUGAGCCCAUUCUGAAGUGAUCCAGCUUCACAGUUCUGCUGAAUGUUUUUCAUACCCUGUCGGAGACCAAGUUCCUGAUCAUCUGGCAGGGCAGAGCUUGAGUAUGUUACUGUCGUAGCAGCAGCCCAAGCUCUCACUUGUAUGCUUAAGCCAGCUGUAGUGCCUACUUAUUCUUACAGGGUAGACACUGGAUUUCUUUAUAAGAAUAUCACAAAACUUUUAAGUACACUUGCAGUUUUUAUGUACGUUAAAUUUGCAUUUAUGCUACACAGUUCAAAAAUAAUAUGAUUUUUUUUUCUUCUGAACUGGCAACAUUUUUUUUUCCUUGUUAAAAAGAGCAUUGUCACACAGCUCAGACAAUCUUGUGGAGAAGAAAUAAAUCUUCAUGUGUAUUGUAUGUCAUCAGCUUUCUUAAGCACUUCAGAUUAUGACUUCUAGUUUGUUUGUUUGUUUUUUUUUUGACUGUGUUGACAUAAAUGUAUCCUCCUUCCUGUGUCUUGUAGCCUUUAAAUUAUUUUUUUUUAAGUUAUCGUGCCCUUGCAGGUCACUGUUGCCAUAUGGAUACUGGGACUUGCCAUGGUACUGGUCAUUCUACAGGGCCUAUGAGGACAACAUUCUCCAGGUUUCUACGGUCACUCUUCUUUGUUUCUAUCCCAGACUAAUGAGAAUGCAUGUUGUAGGCUCUCUGUGGAGUCACAGAAGCCUCCGCUCAGCAGGACGAUUUUGCUGAAGAGGUAGUCCAAACUUUCAACCUGAGGGAAGCUAAAUAUAGCACGUGUCACCCAACAGACUUCAAAGGACUUGGCAAUAGAGAUAAGAGUGGCUUGAAGAUGAAACCCUCUGCUACCUAUGAGCUGUUAGUAGACGGUGUUGGAGAAUGGGACUUCACUGGUGGUUUUGUUCCUUGUGAGCUGCUGCUUGUUGGAGAGGAUGCCUACCCUGUGCUUCUGAGCGCUGAGAAGCAGGUUCUGAUUGCUGUUUCACGGUAUGGGAAAGGCAAGAUGGUGGUUGUUUCCCACGAGGGAAUCAUGAAGAGCUCCAAGUUUUCCCAGUUCCUCAGAAAUGCCGUGGAGUGGCUCAAGCCUUCCCCUGCAGCCCUGGUUGGGUCCCAUCACCGUUUGGAUUCCCUCUCCCAGCUGCUCCUCAGGGCUGGCAUCAAAGUAGAGGCUGGGGCAGAGCUCAGCACCCACCACGGGGUGUACUGUAUGGAUGCCUAUGACAGCACGCAAGCAAAAGAUGUGGUUUGCUUUGUAAAGGAAGGUGGAGGCCUGCUCAUUGGAGGCCAGGCUUGGCACUGGGGUAGCCUACAUGGGAAGGAGAAGGUGCUGUUUGCAUUCCCUGGGAACCAGGUGACCAGUGUGGCUGGUGUGUACUUCACAGGAAAUACUGCAGGAAAAGGGAUCUUCAAAGUUGCCAAGAAAAUUCCAAAGAUCCCCUUAACUGUUCCACACCAGGCCAAUCUUGGCCUUGAUUCUGCUUUUCUCCUGCAUGGUUUGUCGGAGCUGGAUAUGGUGACGGGGGGCAUACCCUCCAUCUUGCUGGUGCAUGGUGUACUCUCCUUCCCGCUCUGCCUGGACAGCUCGCACCGCUGCAUCUUAGCUGCAGCACACUAUGGCCGAGGCCGUGUUGUGGUGGCAACCCAUGAGAGUCAGCUCUUCUCCCCAAAGAUGGCCAGAUUCCUGCUCAAUGCUGUCCACUGGCUAGAUGCUGGGAGAAAGGGGCUGGUGGGUGUGGAUGCCAGCCUGAAGAAACUGUGUGGCCUCUUUCAUGAGGAAGAGGUGAAGUUACAGGUAUCAGAGCUGACAGGCAACAUGAGUGUAUACUGCUGUCCUUCUUACAGUGACAAACAGGUGGAGACGAUUCAUGCUUUUGUGGCAGAAGGGGGCGGCCUACUGAUUGGAGGCCAAGCCUGGUAUUGGGCUUCCCAGAACCGCGGCAAAGCUGCAGUGGCAGAAUACCCUGGCAACAAAAUCCUCAACCGCUUUGGGCUGAGCAUCCUGGGGCAGAGUGUCCAGGCAGCGAAGCUCCCGGCCGCAGCAUUUGGGGAACACUACCACUUCCGCAAGGCACUCGCUCUUUUCAAGAGCCAUGUAGAGAAGGUUGAGGAUCUCAAAGCUCCCUUGAAAGACUGGCUGCCAAGGCUGACACAAGACUGCGCUGCCUUUCUGCGCAUCCCUGCCCAGGACUGCCCCGCAUAUGCCUCGCUGCACCGCAUCCUGGCCAAAGUGCUUCACCGAAGUGGGAUCCCGCAUGUCAGCAGACACAACCCUGUCAAGAGCAACUCCAAAGAGGCAGCCCUGCUCUGCAUGGCAACUGAGCUGUCAUACACCAUGACAGACUGUGCGGCCCUAGUGCAGAAAUCUGCCACUGGGGUCUGUGCCCUUCCUGUUACCGUGGAAAUCGAUGGCACUAAUCCAGGUAAGACAGCCUGGAGGAGUACAGGACUCUAUCUCCCUGAGGGUCACACAGCCGUUAUAACAUUCCCUUGUCGGCUGGUCAGUGCCGGUCUGCAGGUGCAGGUUGGGUGUCAUGCGGAUGACCUCUCUAAUGCCAAAGAGCUGAAACGAGCCCCAGUGGUAAUACGCACCUGUGAUAUUACCUGCCAGAAACAGUCAGUUUCCUGCCUCUGGGGUGGCCUCAUUUACAUCAUAGUACCGGAAAGGAGCGUCCUGGGGAAAGUCUCCAUCACUGUAGAAGGGGCAGUCAGAGCUCCUUUCUUCAAGCUUGGGGAGACCUGUGAAAACCAGUGGAAAGCCUGUAUCCGGCACUACCCUGCUCCUUGGGCAGAACUGGCAGCUGAGAACCUCAUCCUGACGGUACCAGCUGACAGCAUCCGCCACUUGGAGAACCCAAAGCCACUGCUGACCCUGUGGGAUGAGAUCAUGGCGGCAAUAAGCAAAUUGGCAGCCAUACCAACAAAGUUCCAAAGGCCAGAGAGGAUUGUAACAGAUGUCCAGAUCUCAUGUGGCUGGAUGCAUUCUGGCUACCCCAUCAUGGGCCACAUCGAUUCAGUGAAGGAGAUGUUAGAUGUGAAGCACAUGAAAACUACUGGUCUUUGGGGUCCUGUCCAUGAGCUGGGACACAAUCAACAGCAGCAAGCAUGGGAGUUUCAACCUCAUACCACAGAGGCCACCUGCAAUCUCUGGUCUGUCUAUGUGCAUGAGAAGGUGCUGGGGAUUGCCAGGCAUCAGGCACAUGGGGCACUUAGGUCACAGUGCCGGGAGGAAAGGAUAAGAGAGUAUCUGAAGAAAGGUGCUCAGCUAAAGGACUGGAACGUAUGGACUGCUCUGGAGACAUACCUGCAGCUGCAGGAAGGGUUUGGCUGGGACCCCUUCACUCACCUCUUCUCUGACUACCAGAAAAUGUCCACCAUCCCAAAAGACAACCCUUCUAAGAUGAAUUUGUGGGCGCAGAAGUUUUCUCAGCAGGUGAAUAGAAAUCUGGCUCCAUUUUUUACAGCCUGGGGAUGGCCUAUCAAGAAAGAGCUGUCUGAGGAACUCUCCUCAUUACCCAUCUGGGAACAGGACCCAAUGAAGUCCUAUAGAUCAUGAAAGAAAAACAUCUGAAAUUUGAUUCUCAAAUAAGGUACAGCCUAUGUUUUAGGCCUUGUGUACUGCAUGAUUGCCCAUUGGGCACUUAAUGUUACAUUAAAUUCUUUAGCUUGCUGGCUCAGAAUGGAGGUUAACCUCCAGAACAGAAGUUCAGCAGAAACUUGUGUGCUGCUCACCACCCAUCUAAGCCACCUUCUGAAGGCUUGAAUAAUAAAUAAGCUUUGUUCUGGAUUCUUCACCUCAGGAGGAAUGUAAUUCUGAGUAGAUAUAGUUCCUGCAGAACCUUUAUGUGAUGAAAUGGAAGUUUUCAGGAUGGAGCAAUCACUGGAGUGGUCUCAAGUACAAUACCAAUAGAAUAUGGAUCUCUAAAGCAAAUAGUAUCCUCCACAAUGUUGUAUUCUUCAGCUGUAAUCUCAGUAACAUGAGAUGUUCACUAUGGACAUGAUUACCUAUAAAAUUCUUCAUCUUUAAUCUAACUAUGUAGAAGGUCCACACCUACUAUCAUGAAAUUGACCUUAUAAUGCUUAUAUACAGCUUAUAUAACAGCUGAUACUAAAGUGUUGUAAUUUCUUCCUGCUUUAUAUUGUGUGACCCAAUGUCCAGCUUUGUGUGAAUAAGUCAAUGCUGAGUGGUAGCCAUCACUCUUACUGUAGUCUGUGGGCAAGAUACAAGCCAUGAAAUAUGUCAGCAUAGAAACAAAGAAGAGGUGACUUGCUUAUAGUUAAUAGCGAUCCAACUCCUGGACUCAGAGAUUGAAAACUAGGCAAUGACAUGACAGCAUGAAGGAGCAAUCAGGAGCAGGACAGCAGCACAGCCAGCAUUUUCGGAGGACCAACAGACAUUAAUGUUUCCCUCACCUCAUUCAUGAUUGCUUGACUAGCACAACACACUGGUGACUACACACUGCUGACAAGUGUUUUAAUGCUUCAUCUGGUAGCAUACUAGUCUGGACCCACUUCUUGUGUAUCAGCAAUAAAUAAGACAAUUCUG